AUGUCAUCAACUAAUACAGAAGAUAGUACAUUUAACAUUCUAGAUGUCGCAAGACGUCUGCGAAAUGCUGAACUAAACUUAUCGGACCUUGAGAUCAAUGAUUCUCAGGCCCUCAUACACAAACUAUUUAUAUGUUUGGCUAUGACUAAGGAAAAGUUGGACUUAAAGGAUAGUGAAUACAGAAAUGCAGCAUCAGCAAAAAUCCAACAUUACAACGAUUUACAAAUAAUGAAAGGUACUUGCGCAGAAUUGCAAGGGAACAUCAACCUAUAUUCAGAUAAGAUGAAAAAAACGAUUGAUCUUAUGGAAGAGAACAAGGCACUGAGAGAGGACAAUUUCAACCUCCAACUACAGUUAAUGGACAGAAAGGACAACUCUCCCUCCUCCUCAUCCUCCUCAUCCACCCUCAUCAACACCUUGUCCUCAGCUGACCUGAAACAGGCAAAUAAAGAAGUGAUACAACCUGCAAUAGUACCACUCGCACCCUCGUCUAAGACGAUUAGAAUCGAGGCUAGCAAAAUCAAACCGAUCUUGGAAACAAUUAAUUCCAGAUCAAUCAAGAAAUCAAUCAAGAAACUAACAGUGGCUUGUUACAUGAUCGAGAAUAACAGUGCAGAGCAAUUCGCCAAUGCAAAGCACACAAUAACCGGACUGGCCAUCAAAGGAAUCGACUCAAAGUACAACGAUAAAAUGAUGGACGGAACUGAAGAGGAAAAAGCCAAACUGUCUACAUGGACUGGCUUCAUAGAAUGGGUGGUUAAAAUACUAUACAGCCCUAUCCUCGCUAAAGACGAAAUGACCAAACGUCUCUCCAACUUCAAGCUCAAAGACAAUCUCUCAAACUUUAGCGAAUUCUUGGAUGAAAUCAUAGAUUUGGUUGAAGUCGAAAAGGUCAACGGCGAUGUCGUGACCAAGCUUGUUUGGCCUAAACUGGAAAGUUUAGAGAUUGGAUACAUGUUUAAUGUAGACUCACUCAAGGAAUCAAGAAUGAUCAAAAUUGCUCAACUCGAGAGCAAGGUCGACCCUAAGCUAUUCGAACCGUGGUACGGAACCUUUGAAUUGGCACUAGAGGAGAUGCUUCUAAAGAAAGCGACCAAAACAACGUUCGUGAAACCAUUCACCCCCAAACAAGAACAACAAAAGAAGGGUGGCGACAACAAACAAGAAAAGACAAACGACGCCAAACCGGAAGAGAAAGGAAAGGAUGCCAACAACACUGGUCGUAAGAAGCCGUGGGAUCGGCAAAGCCGACAAGACAACAAGAAAGUAGAAAGCUACAACGUCAAGGGUCUGACCAACAAAGGUCAAUCGUUCCUCCUCCCUAUCACAAUCGGAGAGAAAACAAUCAAUGCAUUGGUUGACUUGGGUAGUCAAGUGUCUCUAAUGGACUCUAAAUUGGCCAUGGAACUAGACAUGGAAACGUCAGUCUGUAAUGCCAAACUAACCCCCCUAAUCGCGAAAGGGGUCAAGGUUGACCACCAAGGUGAUAUCACGUUUACAUUCAACGCAAAAGUGGACAAGAACGAUAGGAAGAUUGAAAUGAAGUUACCUAUGUUCAUCACAAAGUUAAAAGACGGCAUUGUACUCGGAGAAAAUGCAUUCUCAAUUUUAAAACCAGUGCUACACCUCUAUGACUCAUUACCAUGGAUGAAGUUCAUGGUAAAUGUAAACGGAAACAAUUACCAAGCAACAGCCAAUAUUUUACCGACAAUAUCAAAAAACACUGGUAACCUAUUGCUCAGAAAGCCAAGUACACCUACAUUUAACAACGUGGUACAAGAGCUGCUACCCAAAAUUAUAGUCAAAGAGAAUAACAAGGACAAAGAAAAGAAAAAGGAAAAGGUUAAAAUUCCAAAAGGAUUAAUUACCGAGGAUAAUGGUAACAAAAAGGAGCAGAGCGAGGGCAAAGCAGGAGCGAAAAUGGUGCCUCCAUCCCCUUCAUCCCCUUCAUCCCCUUCAUCCCCUUCAUCCUCCUCUACACCCGUUCCUACUACUCCCUCCCCAGCAUCUCCUGUUGGUACCAACCCUCACAUUAGAGUGAUCAACGGAAAAAGGGUUAAACCCAUUCCAGUUGACCCUAAAUCAAUCGACAUGACCAAGUAUGGUACUUACGAUAAGGUAUACGAAGAGAAAAUUAGAGACAUAAUCGCUAGGAACUUGGACGUAAUUGUACUUGAAAUUCCAAAUGACUUUCCACCACCUCUAUCGAAAUAUGAUAUGGAUAUCAAGCUGCUACCCGGCUGCGAAAAUAUCACAUUCAAAAACAACUAUGGAAGAGAACCGGUAAAUAAAAGAGCACUAGCCCUGGCAAACUUGCAAAAGAUGUUGGAUGCCGGUAUUAUUGUAAGACCACCACCAAAUACUCCUGUAUCCUCACCAGCAUUUUGGAAGACGGAAGGACCUGAUAAAGGGCGGUUUAUCGUCGAUUACUCCAAACUGAACGACGCAACAGUGGCAGAUACAUACCCACAGAAAAACCUACAAGAAGGAAAAGAAAGGUUAAGUAAAUCUGAAAGAAAGACGGUGAUCGAUCUAAAAAGCGGAUAUCACCAAAUAAAUCUGUCGAAAGAGAGUCAAUACUUAACCACCUUCUCGUAUGGCGGUGAACAUUACAUGUUUACACGUGCAUGCUUCGGCCUGAAAAACUCUGGUGCUUUCUUCAACCGUUGGAUCAACGACGUACUCGAGAAGGAGGAAAUCAAUUGUGAGAGAUAUGUUGACGACCUAGCGAUUGGAACUGAAGACAACAUCGAUCUACACUUGAAAAAAUUAGACAAGCUGUUCAACUGCAUGCGUGAAAACUACGCAUACGCGAAUGCAAAUAAAAUGAAGUGGUUCCUAAAGGAAGUACCCUUUGGCGGAGAUUUGAUCUGCGUCAAAGAGAUCAAACAAUUGACGAACAAAACUCAAGUGAUCGUUAAUAUGCCUCCCCCUCAAACCAUAAAGGAACUCAAAAGAUUCCUUGGUGCCAUCAAUUUCUAUCGUCAAUUCAUGGGACAUGUAGGACCAAGCAUUCAUCGCUUACAAGAACUCACGAAGGGCAAUCCAAGGAAAAUUAAACUAUCAAAAACGGACUUGGAAGACUUUGAAACCAUCAAAAAAGCCUUGAUAGCCGACACAUGCCUAAUGUCGCCACGCGACGACUCACCACUACUGGUCUACACAGAUGCCUCUGAUGUGGGCAGCGGAUUAAUGAUUGCCCAAGACGAUGGGACAGGCAAAUUACGGCCAAUCUUAUUUGACUCGAAAAAAUUUGACCAGGCCCAGAGAAAUUAUGAUACUAAAGAUCGUGAACUAUUAGCAGUAGUACAUGCACUGGACAAGUUCGACUACCUGUUGAGAGCAAAACCAUUCGUGCUCUACACAGAUCAUAAGAACAUGCUGCAUUUUAAUUUAUACGAAGAUUCUGGUAACGGUAGACACAUUCGUUGGGGUGAAUUCCUCAACACCUUCAACUAUGUCACUAAAUUUAUCGAUGGCAACAGUAACUACAUGGCCGACUAUCUGUCCAGAACCCCAGAUUUCUUUAAUCCUUGGGAUUCAGAAUUUAUAAAACAGAUCAUAUCUAGUUACACUGACCCAAAAUUGAAACCUUCAACAACAACUUGGUUGGAUAAAAUUAAAGAUAGAGAAGAUAUGGUUAAUAUCGAUGGAUUAUUGGUACCAUUACCAAUACCUGAUGGUGUAUGGCAAGAGAUAUCAAUAGAUUUCUUGUCCCUACCCAAAGCAGCCACGGGCGAAGACAAUCUCAUCGUCGUAGUCGAUAGACUUUCCAAGAUGGUCAAGAUACACCCUUGUAUGCAAACCAUCACUGCGGAAGAAGUUGGUCAAUGGUUUGGUAGAACUAUUAUCGCCCAAUUUGGCGUCCCCAAGAAUAUCGUUUCCGAUCAAGAUCCGAAAUUCACUAGUGACUUCUGGCAAGCAGCUAUGAAGAGUAUUGGUACUCAACUAAAAAUGACUCAACCCCAUCGGCCCCAGGCUGAUGGACAGACCGAGAUUAUCAACAAGCAAAUCUUGAGUGCAAUCCGAAAAAUGUCUAAUGAAAAAAACCAAUGGGCAAGGGACUACCAAAUAAUCGAAGCGAUUAUUAACAAUAAUAUCAACACAAGCACCGGCUAUACACCCAAUCAAAUCGUAAUGGGUUACGAACCGAUUAUGCCAUGGAAUGCACUGAGCAUGCCAUUCAGCGACUAUCGUCGUAAUAUGGAAACCUAUCGCCAAAUGGCGAAAUCAAACAUGCUGGAAGCUCAGAUCAGAAAUCAAAUACAAUACGAUAAAGGAAGAGCCAAGUCAUGCGAAUACAAGAUUGGUGACCUGGUUAAAGUCAAGCGGGCUGUUCUAGAUACACAUAAAACAGAACUGAACGAAAACGACUACAAGUUGAGAUCAAAGUAUGCUGGUCCUUUCAAAGUUACAAAGAUUAUCAGCCCAACCAAUGUAUCAAUCAAAAUCAACAACCGUAAAGGCGAUCGUCAAAACCGUACAGUAAAUGUAUCAGACAUUUAUAUUAUGGAUGCAGAUGGCGUCGACACUGACGUACAAGACAUUGUGGAAAUCAUUGGGAAAAGAAACCAAAAGUAUGGACGCGGAUCUAGAAUCGAAUACUUGGUAAAGGCCCUCGACAAGAUAGAGCAUAGUUUAUAUCAGGCAAUUUGGAUUGUUUUGGAUUGUUAUGAUGAGAGAAUAGAAGAGGAUGAUGGUGGUGAGGAGGAUGAGAAGAAUGAAGUUGAGGGUGAUAGAUUAUAG